GGAACUGUUGGAACCAACCUCCUUCACCCAAGAAAGUAGCUUAGCUCCUCCAAUCCACCUUACUUGAUAAGGUCAAAAUCUACGACACCAAUUCGGAAAUCCUCGAAGCCUUCUGCAACACCGCCAUUGAUCCUAGGCUAGUUUUCACAUGGUAGCCGUAGAAAACCAGCAUGUUGCAAACUUCAGCGCCGACGUUUCAGCCGUCGACGAAUGGCUUGCCACCCGUGGCGUCGCCUUCAUUCCCGCCACCUCCGCUGUAGUUAUCUGUGUCAAAAACGAGUACUUGACAACGAAUUCCGGUCGACGCACUGGUCACCACGCAGCACAGCAUGGCGGUUCUCGCCUUGGGUUUUUGGCCGAUACCGGAGCGCCGUUCAUGAUUAAUGCUUACCCAUAUUUCGCCUACAAGGAAAACCCCAGUGCCGUCGAUUUAGAAUAUGCUCUGCUCGGAAAUGCCACCCGCGUCCAUGACCCAAAAGGGUACAUCUACAACAACAUGCUGGAUGCUCAAAUUGAUGCAAUUAGAUUGGCAAUAAACACUCUGGGGUUUGGUAAUCAGACGAUCGAGAUCACAGUUUCCGAGUCUGGGUGGCCGUCAAAAGGGGCUCCUGGUGACUCCACCGCCAUGCCGGACAAUGCAAAGAAAUAUAACACUUGGUUGCAAGUAGCUGAGUUUUCUGAGGUGGUGGCUGCUCAGCUUACUCUUAAGACAGUAGCAUCAACUCCCAUUAGGAGGGAAACAGUUGCCAAAUUGAAGGUUGCAAUCAAUGGAUUUGGACGCAUUGGCAGGAACUUCCUUCGGUGCUGGCAUGGUCGGAAAGACUCACCCCUUGACGUAGUUGUUGUUAAUGACAGCGAUGGUGUCAAGAAUGCUUCACACUUGUUGAAAUACGAUUCAAUGCUUGGAACUUUCAAAGCAGAAGUCAAAAUUGUGGAUGAUACAACUGUUAGUGUUGAUGGCAAGCCAAUUAAGGGAACAGGAGUUUUUGUGGAUGGCUCUGGAGCUGGGAAGCACAUUCAAGCUGGUGCUAAGAAAGUUAUCAUGACUGCUCCAGCAAAAGGUGCAGACAUUCUAACUUAUGUUGUUGGAAUCAACAAAGGUGAUUACUCUCACGAGGUCUCAAACAUCAUAAGUAAUGCCUCUUGCACCACAAAUUGUUUGGCUCCUUUUGUAAAAGUCAUGGAUGAAGAAUUGGGAAUUGUAAACGGAACAAUGACAACCACCCAUUCAUACACUGGAGACCAAAGACUUUUGGACGCUUCACACCGUGACUUGAGGAGAGCUAGGGCUGCAGCAUUAAACAUAGUCCCAACAAGUACUGGUGCAGCCAAGGCCGUCUCUCUUGUGCUACCCCAGCUCAAGGGCAAGCUCAAUGGUAUUGCACUCUGUGUACCAACACCAAGUGUUUCAGUUGUUGACCUUGUUGUGAAUGUUGAGAAGAAGGGGAUUACAGCUGAGGAUGUCAAUGCUGCCUUUAGAAAGGCAGCUGGGGGGCCAUUGAAGGGCAUAUUGGCCGUCUGUGAUGCUCCUCUCGUCCAAAGGGUCGUUGAUUUGGCACAUCUUGUAGCAAGAAAGUGGCCCGGCAUGCCUACUGCAGGAAGUGGUGAUCCCUUGGAGGACUUCUGCAAGACAAACCCUACUGAUGAAGAAUGCAAAGUUUAUGAAGCUUAGGUCAUUCCAGUUUUCUUGUAAGGAUGAAUGCUAUAAUGACCAACUUUUUGCUGAUGCUUGUUUUGUAGUGACAGUUGAUUCAUCAUGAACAAAAUAAGCUUUUGAAAUAGCCAAUGCAAUUAAUGAGAUUGCUUCUA